GGCUUUUGGUGUCUGUUACAUUCUCUUAUUAAUUGAAAAUAAAAGUCAACCAUUUUUCCUUUCAAGGGCCCGUCAAUUGCCAAUAUUUAUCUGUGACGGCUACUAAUUUUCAGUAGAAUGGCAGACCCAAACACCGAAAUUGACGUCGAUCUCGACGUCCAAGAAAUCCUUCUCACAGCCUCUCAGCACGACAUCCCCAAACUGCGCCGACUCGUGCGGGCAACCGAAAAGUUCGCCAACCCUGCCAAUGUCAAGGAUUCCGAAACCGGCUACACACCCCUACACUCAGCCAUUGCGGCCUGUGAACCCGAACAGCCCGAGGAGGGUGCGAAUGGGGAGACGAACGGUGUCCACCCCGACAGUGAGCACGAAAAGGUUCUGCAAUCGGGUGCGGAGACAGUGCGCUUCUUGCUCCAGGAAGGUGCCAUUUGGAAUGACUUGGAUUUGAAUGAUGAAACACCCGGGUGCUUGGCAAGACGCUUCGGUCUGAAGGAGAUCUAUGAGAUGAUUGUCGAUGCCGGAGUCAGGGCGGAAUUGCUGUUGGGCCGACUGGAUGGUUAUGAAGCUCUUUCUGGGGAUGAGGAUGAGGAUGAGGAGAUGGGCGAGGAAAAGGAACAGGAACAGGAAGGAAAUGACAGUGAACAAGAGGAGCAAUCGGCUCCCCAGCUUGUUGAAGCUACCGCAUCGACCGAGGCCGCCACAACAACAGAGACCCCAGCAGCAGAGCCCGAUGUCAGCAGCUCCCGUUACUUGGACUCAUCUUUAACUUUCCAAAAUGACCGGCUAUUGGACCAAGACCAGAAUGGCGUUAUGAUGGCCUGGGAAUCGGACAUCAUGGCCAAGUCUGCCAAAAAGCUGCUCCCCACCACUGGACUGCGUGUGUUGAACAUCGGACAUGGAAUGGGAAUCGUAGACCGUUUCUUCCAGGAGCAGUCGCCUGCCUCGCACCACAUCGUCGAGGCACACCCGGCUGUCGUGCAGGAGAUGAAGAAACAAGGCUGGCAUGAAAAGCCGGGAGUGCAGAUCCACGAGGGCAGGUGGCAGGAUAUCCUCCCCGCACUGGUGGGACAGGGCGAAACAUUUGACGCCAUCUACUAUGAUACAUUUGCCGAGUCAUACGAAGACUUCCGCGAGUUCUUUAGUGAGCAAGUCAUCGGUCUGCUGGACCCUGCAGGCAAAUGGGGCUUCUUCAAUGGAAUGGGAGCGGACCGACAGAUCAGCUACGAUGUCUACCAGAAGGUAGCGGAGAUGGAUCUGUUCGAGGCUGGAUUUGAUGUUGAAUGGGAGGAGAUCAAGGUCCCUACACUGGAAGGCGAAUGGAGUGGAGUCCGUCGCCCAUACUGGGUGGUUGAUGACUAUCGCCUGCCCUUGUGUAAAUACAUGGAUUAAUAGACAUGCGCAAAGGGAAUUUCUUUUUUUUUAAAAAAAAAAGGGGGGGAACAGGAUUCAUUUUUUGGACAAUACUACUA